ACAAGCACAGACACAGUGGGCUUUUUGAUUACAUUAAAAAAUGGCGAAAGAUUCUCCAAAAACGCCCAAGACGUCAUCGAGGGGGUCAGGUAAUCCAUCGAUAAGUAUAUGGGCAGUCCAAUGUGGGAAAUGUUUCAAAUGGAGGAAAGUUUCAACACAGGAAGAAUUUGAGGAAAUUAGGUCUAAGUUUAAUGAAGAACCGUUUCACUGCGAGAACAAACCCAAUGUUACUUGUGAUGACCCAGCAGAGAUUGAGUACGAUUCUUCGCGAACUUGGGCCAUUGACAAGCCUAAUGAGCCUAAAACCCCAAUUGGGUUUAAGAGAGAAUUGUGUCUUAGGAGUGAUUACUCAAAAAUGGAUGUUUAUUAUAUCACUCCUUCGGGGAAGAAACUUAGAUCUACUAAUGAAGUAGGUACUUUUCUUCAGCAAAAUCCUGAGUUUAGUGACCUCUCAACCAAAAAUUUCAGCUUCAAGAGCCCCAAAAUUAUGGAUGAUACUAUACCAUUCAGUAGCACUAAAUGAGGGAGUCGAUGUAGCUGAAAUUUUAGGUUUAUUUGCUCUGUAGAUGCUAUUUUAGAAUGCUGGUAUGCUUGAAUGCUCAACUUAUUCGCCGUGUAUUGUUCUUUUU